AGAGAGAGAGAGAGAGAGAGAGAGAGAGAGAGGAGCAAAAUGGCCAGUCUCACCUCCAUCCAUUCCACCACCCUCUCCAACUCGUUCUCCUCCAAACCCCGACUCGCCCGUCUCCCCAAACCCCGGCUCUCCAUCUCCUGCGCUUCCUCUCAAACUCAAGAAAACCAAGACGUUUCCUCGUCUCUCAAGACCUUCUCCGCCGCCGUGGCUCUGUCCUCGAUCCUCCUCUCCUCCGCUGCCGCGCCGCCGCCGGCCGCCGCCGACAUCGCCGGGCUGACCCCGUGCAAGGAGUCCAAGGCCUUCGCGAAGCGGGAGAAGCAAUCGCUGAAGAAGCUGGAGGCGUCCCUCAAGAAGUACGCGCCGGACUCCGCCCCAGCCCUCGCCAUUAAGGCCACCAUGGAGAAGACCAAGCGCCGGUUUGAAAACUACGGCAAGUUCGGCCUCCUCUGCGGCUCCGACGGCCUCCCCCACCUCAUCGUCAGCGGCGACCAGCGCCACUGGGGCGAGUUCAUCACCCCGGGCCUCCUCUUCCUCUACAUCGCUGGAUGGAUCGGGUGGGUCGGCCGGAGCUACUUGAUUGCCAUUAGGGACGAGAAGAAGCCCACGCAGAAGGAGAUCAUCAUCGACGUUCCCCUUGCCAAUCGCCUCAUCUGGAGGGGCUUCAUCUGGCCGGUGGCUGCCUACAGGGAGCUCAUCAAUGGAGAUCUCGUCGUCGACGAUGCCGAUGUCACCGUCGUCUGAGGCAGCAGCCUUCGGAAUGGAGUUGUGUAUGGAAGGAUGGGGAAGGCAUUCUCUCUGGGUUUUAUCACAGGAACAAGCCUUUGUGGAAAAAGUUUGUGUUGAAGUUUAAAUUUGUAUUUGUACUAUGAGUCUGUAAUUUCAUACAUCUUCUGUAACUUCAUUUAUCUCAUGAAGCCAACUGAUCACUAUUUUACUCUAGUAGUCAUUCUCUAGCAAACCUCAGGAUUUGUCUGUUUAUAAUUUAGCAGUAUAUGAUUAGAAAGUUGCAUGGGCUAUUCCUUUAAA